AUGGGAAGAGGAAAGAUAGAGAUCAAGAGGAUUGAGAACUCAACAAAUCGACAAGUGACAUUCUGCAAAAGAAGAAAUGGACUUCUCAAGAAAGCUUAUGAGCUUUCUGUCCUCUGUGAUGCAGAAGUUGCCCUAAUCGUCUUCUCCACUCGUGGCCGUCUCUAUGAGUAUGCCAACAACAAUAUAAGAUCAACCAUUGAGAGGUACAAGAAAGCUAGCUCUGAUAAUAGCAACACAAGCUCUGUCCAAGAAAUCAAUGCUGCGUACUAUCAACAAGAAUCUGCAAAGCUGAGACAACAGAUCCAAACGAUUCAAAAUUCCAACAGGAAUCUGAUGGGAGACUCUUUAAGUACCUUAAGUGUCAAGGAACUAAAACAGGUUGAGAAUCGCCUUGAGAAAGCCAUCUCUAGGAUCAGGUCCAAGAAGCAUGAGUUGCUUCUAGCUGAAAUCGAAAACCUGCAGAAAAGGGAGAUUGAGAUUGACAAUGACAAUAUCUAUCUGCGAGCCAAGGUAGCAGAAGUGGAGAGGUUUCAACAACACCAUCACCAAAUGGUCAGUGGUUCAGAGAUCAACGCGAUUGAGGCUUUAGCCUCUCGCAACUACUUUGCACACAGCAUCAUGAUUAAUGGUUCUGGAUCUGGAUCUGGAUCUGGCAAUGGAGGUUCUUACUCUGACCCUGACAAGAAAAUCCAUCACCUCGGGUAG